AUGGUAGCCCCAGGACUGGGUGAGUAUUCUGCCCUCUCGGUUAUUGCAUUUUAUCUCACGUACAAGCUGUACUCUUUCGUCACCGCACUUGGCCUAUUCAUCAUUGUUGCAGCGUUAGCCGUCAGUUAUCUUGUCUUCGAAAAGACUUACUGGAAAAGACAGGGAGUUCCGGGUCCAAGCCCUAACAUUCUGAAUGGAAAUGCAUUCGAAUACGAGAAGAGACUUCAUGUGCUGGAUGAAAGAUUUAUUGCCGCCUAUGGCAAGACAUACGGCAUGUUUCUUGUAUCAGCUUCGGAGCUGGUAUCCAUGGAUAUAGAUAUCUUGCGUGGAGUGCUUGUCAAGGAAUUUGACCACUUUACGGAUAGAACGAACCUGCUGAAUGUUGAUCCCUCUGAUAAAAAAUCUCUUUUGGCCACUUCGUUGGUGUCGCUAAAAGGAAUGCAUUGGUCUAGCGUUCGCAGCCAGGUGGCCCCUGCUUUUUCUACAGCAAAAAUCAAAAUGGUUGGACUUCUGCUGGAGCUGAAAGAAAAUCAGAACAGUCGUUCAGAUGAUACACCAAUCUUCAACGAAUGCGCAAGAAUUUGCGCAAGUAUUCUCGAUAAACACGAAGUUGAAGGAAUGCCGGUGCCAAUUCGAGAUUCUGUUCCCAGAUAUCGCAACUGCUUUCCAAAAAAUCACUGGCAUCUCCAUCCUCAAAAUGAUGCUAACAAGUUCUUCCUGAAUGCGCUCGAAAAACUGUUUGAAGAAAGAAAAAAGGGGACUAAUCUGAAAUACAAUGACUUUUUCGAAAUUCUUCCCGAAAGCCUCGUUGAGAAUGAUAAGGAGAGAGCGAAAGACCAUGAGAUCGAGUUUGAGUUUUGUGAUGUGCGUAAAGGACUCUCAAAAGGUGAUAUUCUUGGACAGGCUUUUAUGUUCAUUCUGGCUGGUUCCGAAACCACACCGGCGGCGCUUCACAUUACGUUGUAUACGUUAGCGAAGUAUCAAGAAAUACAACAGCGUUGUAGAGAAGAAAUUCGGAAAGUAUGCGGUGAACAGAUGAAUGUCACCUACGGAAUGAUCAGUGAGUUGAAGUUUCUGGACCAGUGCAUCACCGAAAUGCUUCGCAUCUAUCCACCAGUUGUCAGAACGAAUCGUCUCUGCACUAAAGAUAUCACCCUCAAAGGCAUAAGAAUGAGAAAAGGAUGUAUAUUUACGUUACCAAUAAGGGCCAUUCACUACUGUGCUGACUACUAUUCCUCGCCGAUGGAGUUCGAUCCCGAAAGAUGGACAAUGGAAAAUCGCUCACUGCGGGAUCCACUCACUUUUGUAUCAUUCGGUUAUGGACCUCGAAAUUGUGUUGGAAUGCGGGUAGCACAAAUGCAGAUGAAAGUGGCUAUGGCACACAUUCUUCGUGAAUACGAGCUUCGACCAGGAGAAGACUUGGAACUACCUAUUCGCAUCAACACUAUAGGUGGCAUGAGGACUGCUGAGAAACUAAGUAUUGUUCUUAAAAGAGUUUAA